UGAGAACGCCCGCUGGCUCGAUGGCCCGCCCUCGGGGUGGUGCUGGCAUUUGGUCCCGCCUCUUGUACACUUGACUUCCGCUCGGGGAAAGUCAGCUUCCGGGCCCUGGCGCGUUGCCCGGCAAGAUGGCGGCGCGGCGGCCUCUGCGGGUGUUGGGACUGGCGGGCUUCCGGCAGAGCGAGCGGGGCUUCCGCGAGAAGACGGGAGCCCUGAGGAAGGCGCUGCGGGGCCGCGCCGAGCUCGUGUGUCUCAGCGGCCCGCACCUGGUCGCGGGGGCCGCGGGCCCCGAGGGUGCCGGGCCAGACUCCGAGCCCUGCCUUCCGGAGGAGCAGCCUCGAGGCUGGUGGUUUUCAGAACAGGACGCAGACGUUUUCAACGCCCUGAGCCACCCCACAGUGUGCAGAGGUCUGGAGGAAGCCCUGGGAACCGUGGCACAGGCACUGAAGAAACUGGGGCCUUUUGAUGGGCUCCUUGGUUUCAGCCAGGGGGCCGCGCUAGCAGCCCUUGUGUGUGCCCUCGGCCAAGCGGGGGAUCCCCGCUUUCCCUUGCCAAGAUUUAUCAUCCUGGUGUCUGGUUUCUGUCCCCAGGGCCUUGGACUCAAAGAACCCAUCCUCCAGGGCCCCCUGUCGCUGCCUUCCCUCCAUGUUUUCGGGGACACUGACUGUGUCAUCCCCUCUCAGGAAAGUUUGCAGCUGGCUAGCCGAUUCUCUGGAGCCGUCACCCUCACCCACUCUGGUGGCCACUUCAUUCCAGCAGCUGCAGCCCAGCGCCAGGUCUACCUCAAGUUCUUGGACCAGUUUGCGGAGUGAAAGAUCAACAGGGGCUCUGCCCCUCUGCCCCCUACCCCCACAUGACCUUGGCGCAGCCUUUGUACUCCAGCCUCUCUGCCUUUCUCCUGUCCUCGGAGCUCAGCUGCUGUAGCCUUCCUCACUGUCGCCAGUUAAGAGACAUAUCAGUUCUUCAGGCUCAAGUUAUUGUAAGCCCAGCUCUACACUCAAGACAAAAGGGGGCAGGAUACUGAAACAUGGCGUCUGAUGCUCAAACAGGAAAAAAGCCAGUGGAGCCCUGGAUGAGUGGAGGGUGGCAUGGGAAAAGCAGGGGCUGGCACUGUGACUGCCACGUAAUAAAGUGGUGAUUUGGA